UAUUGACAUAAUAUAUAACCUCUCUUAUUUUUAAGAUUUAUUUUAUUUUUAAGAUAAAUGUUUUAGUAAAAAAAACUCUUGAAUGGUGUUAAGUAAUAUAAUAAGAAACGAAAGUUAAUUACUUCUAGCAAAGGUAACUUUAAAUAAUUUAUGGAAAUGUCAACAAUAAGAAAUAUGAGAUUGAUGAUUACAAAAUUCGGUCCAAUUAAAGAGAAACUAUUUUCCUCAAAAAAUUUAUUAUACACUAAUGUUGCUAUCUCAAUUUCUCUCUCUGCAACUGGUGAUUUUCUCGAACAACAUUAUGAAAUUUUAAAGGGGGAAUGGAAAAAAUUUUGUGCAAAAAGAACUGCACACAUGGCCUUGUCGGGAAUGUCAGUAGGGAUAAUAUGCCAUUAUUGGUAUCGUUUUCUCGAUUCUCGUCUGCCGGGAAAAACAAUUGGGACCGUAAUAAGAAAAGUUGUAAUUGAUCAAUUUAUAUGUUCACCAUUGUGUAUAGGAAUGUUUUUUUUAACACUAGCUAUAUUAGAAAGAAACGACUGGGAAGAGUUUAAAAGAGAAGUUAAAAAUAAGGCACAUAAACUGUAUAUAGCUGAGUGGGUAGUUUGGCCGCCCGCUCAAAUAAUUAAUUUCUAUUUUCUACCAACGAGAUAUAGAGUUCUUUAUGACAAUACUAUAUCUCUGGGUUAUGAUGUUUAUACAAGUCAAGUUAAACAUGAUAAUAUUUUAAAUCAAAAUAAUUAAUCCUCUUGCCAGGAUUUUAGAUAGACAAUUAUUUUCUCAAAUGAAUGCCAAGUUACCUGAAGAUUACAAAAA